AUGCCUGCGACGCACACUGUUCAGGUCUCUGCCGAUCCACGCGUGUACACCGUGAUCAAGAAUGGGCAAGAGAAACAGGUUAAUGUUGUUCAGCGACACAAGGGCGAGGUGUAUGUGCACUACAUCGAUACGGACAGGCGCAUGGACGAAUGGAUACCGGAGGAGCAGCUCAAGUCGCAUCCUGGGCCUGUGCCUGUAGUCGCCCCUGCUGCUGGUGCUGGUGCUGGUGCCGCGGAGCCCAGGCGCGGUGAAGGCAACAAAAGACGACGCGGGAACGCGCGAAAGAGCCAGGCUGGCCACCCCGAAGCGUCGUCGUCGAAUGGCUUUGCGGCUCCGAUGGAACCUGAACCGUCUACCAUCGAAGAUGUGGAUAUGCUUUCACACCAGCAGCACCAGCAGCACCAGCAUCAGCAUCACCAGCUGCAACAGCAGCACCAGCAGUCGACCACGGAGGUCGUUCUAACGGAGGAGGAAUACGAUUUGAGGCACCAUCAGCAGCUGCACUCGCAGAAGAAUUUCGACAUGGUGAUAUUCGACGUAUGGAAAAUAAAGCCCUGGUACUUUUCGCCUUAUCCUUUGACCGAGACGGAAGCCGAUGAGGUCGCGUCGGCUUCGAAUCAGGCGGCUAUAAAGAUUCCUGGGGUGGCACGCGCAACUGCGAGAUCGCAUGGGCGGACAUCGGAUCUCCUUGCUGGGGGGUUGCACAGGCAACACUCGGGCGAGUCGAUGCUUUGGGUGUGCCAUUUCUGCUUCAAGUAUAUGGCAGAUGGUGGGCCUUGGGAGUUGCAUAAAAAAGAGUGCAAAAUGAAACAUCCUCCUGGCAAAAAAGUGUAUCAAAGAGGUGCACAUAUUAUAUGGGAAGUGGACGGAGCGAAGGAGAAGCUUUAUUGUCAAAAUCUGUCCCUAUUUGGAAAACUUUUUAUUGAUGUUAAAACGCUGUUUUUUGACUGCGAUAACUUCCUGUUUUAUAUCCUUACGGACGCUAAAUCGUCGGAGGAUCAUAUCCUGGGAUUCUUUUCCAAGGAAAAACUGUCGUAUGACGACUAUAACCUCGCGUGUAUUCUUACGUUACCACAAUAUCAAAAGAAAGGGUAUGGAAUGCUUAUGAUUGAAUUCAGUUAUGAACUUUCAAGAAGGGCUGGGAAAGUGGGAUCGCCUGAAAGGCCGUUGUCGGAUCUUGGGCUGAGGAGUUAUCUGGCGUAUUGGAUAUCGACUAUACUUCGUUUCUUCCGGCGGGUGCUUACGGUCCUACCACCGGAUGUGCUCUCGACGCGGACGAUCAACAAUUUUCCGGAGCUGAUUGAUGGUGUGCAGGUGUCUGGGGAUGUUGAGCGUACGCAGUCGAAGAAGAGGAAGAUUCCGAAGGGGUUUGAUGGGGAGGUCUCGGAGCAGAAUAUUGAGCGGAUGAGGUGUUUGAUGCCUUAUUCUGCUAUACAUGAUCCGGUGUUUACGAGUAAGCGUAUCAUGGAGACUGUCCCUCGAGCGGAUGGUGGUGCGGAGGUACAUGUCCGUGUGGAGUGUACACUUGAAGAUAUAGCGAAAGCGACGAAUCUGCGCCCGGACGACGCGGCGUUUGCGCUGAAUGAGUGUGGGUUGUUGAUGCAUCGGAUGAGCCGCGACCACGAGGGGGAAGGGGAAGGGGAGGGGGGACAGGGUAGGCCGGAUACGAUUGUUGUUACGAGAGAGCUUGUGGAGAAGGUUGCAAAGGAGAGGAAUGUGAAGAUUAUGUAUAUGGAUAUGUCUUGUGUGUUGUUGCCGUAG